CGCGCGCCGCCGUCGGAGCCCGAGCCGAGGUUUUCGCUCCCGCACACGGCGGCAGUCGGCGCUGGCGCGGUACGCACACACCGUGUGUAGCUAGCCGCCGCUGGUGGGUCCGCACUCGUCGCUCUCUCGCGUCGUCCGCCGCUUGCGGUCGCAGUCUCUGCCGGCGCAUUCGAGCCGUCGAACUCUCGCGUUCAGAUACUGCGACAAGAGCUCGAAAGACCACAUAUUGCGUGCGGCGGCCGGCGCUUCUGUGUCUGGUCGGGCGAUGCGGCCCUGCCGCAGCGACCGGAGGUGAAACAGCCCCCGCGGGAAGGAGAAGCCGACGAACAGGCAGGCCGGCCGUGACACCGCGGCGACGGUAGGUCGUCCGUGAUCGUCGAGGCCCGACUUUUUCCUCGCCUUCGAGCGCGAAGCCGGCCAUGGGCAAGAAGAACAGCAAGCUCAAAGGGGAAGUCGUCGCCCGGCUGGCCAAGGAGACUUACUUUACAGAAAAAGAAGUUCGACAAUGGUACAAAGGCUUUCUAAAGGACUGCCCCAAUGGAUUACUUACAGAACAAGGUUUCCUGAGAAUAUACAAGCAGUUCUUUCCCCGUGGAGACCCUUCCAAGUUCGCAUCACUCGUGUUCAGGGUAUUUGACGAAAACAAGGACGGUUCCAUAGAGUUUGAAGAGUUCAUCCGAGCGUUGUCGGUAACGUCAAGAGGAAACGUCGAAGAAAAGUUAUUAUGGGCGUUCAAGCUGUAUGACGUCGACAAUGACGGCUUCAUCACACGAGAGGAGAUGUACAACAUUGUAGAUGCUAUAUACGAAAUGCUGGGUAGCCAAGAAAAAGAAGACGAGGAAGAUGACCCAAGGGCCAGAGUGGACCGCAUUUUUGAACAACUGGAUAAGAACCAGGACAACAAGCUGUCUUUAGAAGAGUUCAAAGAAGGCUCAAAACACGACCCGAAGAUCGUCCAAGCUUUGUCCCUGUACGCACCGUAGUAGACGCCUCCUCUCCACAUCUUUCCGCCCCCUCGACCCUCGUCUUACCCUCGACCCACGUCUUACCCACCCGGGAGAGCUGCCCGAAGCCCGUGCAAGGCUCCGCAGCGGCCACACUUGGAGCCUGAAUGUUCUGUUGUUUUUUGCUGAGGACAAGAGCGAGCCAUCGGGACAGGGAAGAUAGGGUCGACCUUCCGUUGCCCUUUUCUCGAGCACACACGCAUUCCACGACUCACCGCCGCCGCCUCCACUUCCUCUCCUGUACACGCCAAUCACUCGCAAGCCACUGUGAUGCUCUCUCUACCGUUCAUGUCUCCGACGGAGCGAAGGGGAGGCUGCCGUUGGAGGGUUUCCUAUAAGCCGCCAACCUAUCGAUUUCACUCAGUGUGUCUCGAGAGCCGAUGAAACGCAGGCAGUAUUGCGUUGCACAUGCGACAUGCCUAACGUGCUCUCCGUUCAAACGGCGUGUCUGGUAAGGGCAAAUUUCCGUUAAUGCAAUUGUAAUUCUCUCCCGGCGAUCGCGCGUAGCCGCAUUGUUCUGACGAGCAAAGGUGCUGCUUGUGCGCCGAUAUCGCCGAGUCCAAGUGUGUCUCCUUGGGCAUACCGAGCGAAAUUCCUGAGGCCUUGUAGAACGCAGGUAUAAAACAAAUCAGCGCGCUAGGAGUUUCAUAUAUUAUACUAUAACGUGACAAGAUGACAGUGAAGAGAGAAGAAAAAAAAUCUAAGCGGUGACAUUUCUUUCGCAUAUCUCCCGACGCGCGUACUGUUGCUUGGUCCUCAAUCUCUUUUUUUUUUUUCUUCUCUCUCUUUUUCUCUGCUUUCGCGACUGAAUCCGUACGAGGUACGAAUGCCUUCUCAAUGUAUCUUUGCUUCUUGCCUCUGCGCAAGACAUAUGACAAGCUUUCCUUUCCUCGUGUCCAUCGCUCAUUCGUUCCUUUUUAAUCAAAGCAGCGAUGUGGACGCUGAACUGGCGUAAGCUUUCUCGCGAUCGAAAACUAAAAAAAUCGUUUAUUUCCGCCGAUUCUUGAAGCGCUCUUCGAUGGGCCUUUCUUUUUUUUUCUUUUUGGCAUAAUUUGUCUGGGCGUUCAUUCUGACGCGAAAUCGACGCAUCACAAAAUGAAAAAAAGAAAGAAAAAGACCGCAGGCCUUUAGCGUCACUUAAAACAAUCAAAAAGAAACGAAAACAAGAACGGACAACGAAAUCACUGCGCGUUCCCCCAUUUGCCGUCUACUGCUCGCCUGCCAAGAUAACGAACGACCAAAACUAAUGCUGAAAACAAGAUGGAGAGUUAACGUCAAACUGCACGUUGGUCGAUAAAUAAUAUUUACGAGUUAGAUUUUAUUUGUCCCCUUUUAUUCUUGCUUACUUAACACAUCGGUAGAAAUUUGUCUUUCUCUUUCUUAUUGAUUGAGCUUACACGACCGCGUUCGUUUUUCCUUGACAUGAUGUAACAAAAGUUCGUGCCUUUAACUGGCACCGGACAUUCCUCGUAUCUUAGAAAAAAAAAGAAAGAAAGAUAGAAAUAAAGGUUGUCAGAAAGUGUGUCACAUAGUGUUUCACAAAUUUUGAAGAGAAAUAACGCUUUCAGAGUCGCGUAUGGAUACCGAACACGAAUCUGACUCAAGGAGACUUUCCGUUCGUAAAACCCGAUUGAGACUGUGAGCAACUUGUGCAACUGGUAAAAGCUCUAUUCGAAAGAGAUGUUCGUACACGCAGAGUGCGUUCUGCAUCUUGAUUUUUACGCGUCGUCCUAAAUAAAUCCAGUCGCCAUUUUAGAAUUUAAAGCAGUGAUCUCAGCCCGUUCAGAAAUCCUACAAUCUGAAGCCUUUUUUUUUCUUUUUUGUUCAGGUAUUUAUUUUCUCACGCUAACCAGCCAUACUGUUUUCUUUGCUCCUUUGUUAUUACUUUUUUGUACUAAGUUAAUCUUUAAUGUCGUGAGCUACCGCUCCGCAGACUAUUUGAUACGUCAGAACGGUACUCUGAGGUGAUGGUAUCUGAGAGAUAUUGAUACCCGGAGAUGAUGAUGGGUGUUUCUUCAUUAGCUCUCGAAAGGAGGGCUUAGUAAUUCUCGCAGAUCCAUUGGUAGUUCCGAGAGCGGAGACGCGUCUUCUCUCGAUACCUUGUAGGGAAGCAGCGGGCAAAAUUUAAAAAAAAAAUGAUAAUAAUGAAGUAAAGCAUGACUCUGCUUCUACGGCCCGAAUUGAGCCGAUUGGGGACCCUCUGUGCGAAGUACGCUCCCGCUCGAUAUCACCUGUCUCCCCGUAAAGGGAGAGGGUGGAAAGCAGGUUGUGAACAAUAUGACGGCUACAUGGAAGAUGCAACAGGCAUCGCAAAUGACGCGCUCUCGUCUCGCAACAACGUGGGCGCAUUAAUUGGCGAGUCUCUCUCUUACUUUGUUAAUUUCAGCAGUUAGAUCGCUGAAAUGAGGUCAAGUAGGGUCGCUUUGUAUGUCUCCGCAAUAGCCCCUAUAGCUUUCAGGGUGCCGAUCACGCGGAAAGCAGGGACUUGAAGAACCACCGAGAAGAGAGCCAUCGCAUCGUGGAGGCCCGAAAUGUACGGCCCGUAGUCUCUGCUCGAGAAGAUUCCGGGGAGCCCGCGGUUCCCGGUCCUUGCGACGCGCAGACUCGGGUCCACGGAGUGGCACUCCGGGCGGCGGUGCUCGCAUCCAGUAUUCCCACGAGACCAGAGCUCCGUACGAGUCGGCAGCUCUCGUUUGUUAUUUUUUUUUUUUCUGGUUCGGCGCUGCCCGCCCAUUUGUUUGCUUUUGCCGCAGGGUCCAUUCUUCAUCCGCACCGAUCCGCCAGGAAAACCCCCUGGAGAAUUUCGCUGCGCCUCGCGGGCGGCAGAAAAAACAAACUGCGGAGCACGAUAUGUUCUUGCUCGUUGAUUUUGUUCUGUUUACCGCGCUAGGUAUGCAGACAAAAAAGAAAGCAAAUGCUGCAAAUCAUCAUUAGACUGUCCGUCUUCAUUCUAUAACUCUGCUGCUCGGACAAGAUUGUACCUUUUUUUCUUUUCUACUCUAUCUCUCCUUUUUUUUUCUCUCUUCAUCCGAGUCCGUUUGUCCGAAAAUAGAACGAAAACGGUAAGGUUCAUUAAGGAGAACUGACACGAAGGACUCGAUCGCUGAUUCACUGCGCACCAAGCACGACGUAGCUCGGCGGCACCCAAUCGUGCGAUGUGACCACAGAUGUUAACGGCGCUAUUCGGUUCUGGUAGGCGACGCCACACUUGAUCCCUGGAAGGAAUCGAUCAUUCGGAGCGCUCGGUUAAUCGUGCUUUGCGAGCUACGUUUGCAGAUGACCUCUGUUCGAACGCAGCCUCUGCGCGGUUAGUAUUGGCAAUAAUAAAAAAAAGAGCUUGUUCCAUAGCGUCCGUUCUACAGGCUGUUGAGCAGACCUGCUUUUAUACGACUAGCGAGAUUAGCGAUGAAAGCAUGCGAAAAAGUGAACUCGCACGAUAAAGUUCAGUCUCUAUCUUUCUCUCUCUCUUUAUUUUGAGGCAGUUGUUCUGUUGCCACGAUAUAUUCGACAACGCUAACUCUAUUUUUCACUACUGUUCGUACAACCACUUUCAGAAAGGCUAAUGUCGCCGCCUCAUGGACAGCGGGUUCAGUUGUUGCGCAAGAAACUGCCCACCAACGCCUCGAACGUUUAGAGGUAUUGCGUCGCGAGCAUAGCAGUUUGACUGCGCGACGCAAGCUGGGAUACCGCUAAAACACUUAAGCCUACAAAGUAGAAAGUUACGCUCCCAUUGCACGGGCUCCCUCAAUUUUCUGCGAUAAAAGCCUCGCGGCGUGUAUAAAGGUUGCGAAAAUUUGCAGCACCUUGAAACAGCAGAGGAUUUCAGGGUAAAUGUGUAACCCCGGUGAUUAGCCGCCAUAGAAGGACAAUAAUAUAGUAACAGAAGCGCGCGUUAGCCACGAGUCCUGCAGCAGCGCUUGAGCCUUCGCAGCUUCAAGUGUAUAGCAAACUGUGAUAAGCGUGUGUAGAAAACACGCUUAGCUACGUAUAGCAAUUUUACGAAGUAUCGUAGCUUGCAUUCAGCGUAGCUAUCUGCUGGUUGUUGUUUUUUUCUUGAUCCUUGUUCUAAGAGAAAAGUGAAGUAAGAUUUCUAAGCUAGGGAUAUAUGCAGGACGAAGCCGCUCCGUGCUUUCUUCCAAUGCCUCACAUCAAACUGUGGAGAUGACCUCGCUCAACACGUGUGAUCAAUCUGCAAAGUCGAAAUGUGCCAUCCUGAGCGUUUUUGUCUUAAUAUUUUGUCAUUUGUUUUCCUUGUCCAUAAGCUGAUUAAAUGCAUUUGUAAUGCGUUCUUAGGGCUAGGUUGCUAUAUGUAUGAUGAGAAAAACAUUAAGCAUAAGAGGAACAAUGGCCUUAUGUUGCCAGGAUAGUUGAUAAGGAGAGACAAUGCUGGGCUGCCGAACCACAUCACUGAACCGCAGAACCAACUGUGUUUCUAUUAAGCCUCCUUUGUAACAUAAGAUCAAGGAACGCACUGUAUAGUACUUCAGGGUGGCAUCAGUAUGACUGACAAACAGGGUUUCUAAGCAUUGCGCCUGCUGCAUGUGACUGGCUUGCAUUCGCUCACUGUUCAUUGCUUAUGAAGUUGUUUAUAAAACGCAUAUUCAUAUUUAUAAUAUAUGCCAAUAUAUUAUUCCGCGUUAUUCCGCAUAUUGUGCGCUUAAUUUAUUCGCAUUUUUGGGCGGCAAGCAUCAGGCUUGUUGUAUUUCCCUCUGUUGCAGGCUUUGAUAGCAAAUGUAAGAAAUCCUGCGUUCUCUGGCACAUCAUGUAAUCCCGUGUAGUUCAAUCUUUACUCAUACAAUCGUCUUACGAGAUAUACCGCUACACGAACAUGACACAGUUCAUCCCGACAUGAAAAUUUAAAGUUGUCAUUUGCUUGGGCUAAGGAAACGCUGUAUGGGUUAUGUUGCUUCGUUUCGAGGUUUGCUACCUUUGAGUGCAAGUAAUUUUAACAAUUCUAGUUCAUCUAUAUCCAGUUCACGGUUCCCGUUCCGAAUCGUGAACUAGAUAUGUGUGUUUGCAUAUGUACUGUUAUGUAUUUAUUUAGGUUGCCUGAAAGAAACCUAUUUUUUGUAUUGCAUCAGCGCAUCUUGCGUUUACAUUAGUUUGUGUGCGGUGGUUACGGUUCCCACAGGCAUUCCAGUACAUUUCUCCAGGCUUUGUGCAAUGUGUUCCGUACAUUCAUGUGAAAAGAACAGACAGUGUCCAUCAUGAUACAAGAAAACAAAAAACAAAAGAGCAUGAUCUCAAGGUUGCGGACCAAUCUCCAGAGCCCUCCUUUAGUUUUGUUACAAGCGAUGCACAAAGUGAACACGUAUCAUUUUGAUAUGCGGGUGGCUAAACCUGAUGAUAUCAAGAAAACCGUCGCAGCUUCGGGCUGUGGAAAAGUGAAAAAGACCGCCGAGACAUGCGGUUCUGGCGAUGCCGGACCGUAACUAAACCUUCCUAAUUAAUGUUUCCGUCGACAAGUAUCAUAACAUUCAGCACGCGAAUCACUAUUUUUUUUUUCGCGGCGCUUCACGUGGCUUCGCGUUCGGAUACCGCAGUUACGCACCUGUUCCCCUCCCUCCUGCCCUUGUUCCAAUUCUGUCUCCUCUUUCCAUCUUCUCUUUCUCGCCAAGGCGCGAAAGCAGUAUGCGCGCACUCUACAUAAUCAAAAGGCGUACACGAACAGCCCGGUCCUUCACAGCUUACGUCCCAUUCACUUCAGGCCUGAACUGCGUUAUGGAAAAAAAAAAAAAAGAACAGAAACGCUGCAUCACCAUCUACUCUAGCCACACAAGACACCACACUCAUGUCGUCCGAAAGCACUUUCUUCGAAGUGCGCGUCACCCCUAACACCCGCAAGGAGUAAUCGUCCCAAAGGCCACUAUACUUGAGUCGCCGUCGUUACUCCUCGACACAGUACGCUACGCAAAGUGUGGCUGCCAAACCGUGCCGAAAUCUUUCGAGAUAAAAAAAAAAGGGGGAGGGGUAGAAAAGUGUAAAUUCUUCAUUUCAGAAACCUGUGACUUUGUUCGAAUUGUCGCAUGCUGCAAAUAAUUGGGCGUACGCGCAGCGAUGCCUGUAGGGAAGAAAUGUUUUAUGCGUUCGUGUUUUGGGGGGAAUGUCGGCGUGGCGUGAAAACAGAACGCGAUGAUUCCACAAUCAACCAUAUAGCUCAAGAGAAGGAAGAGCUCAGCUUGACGAUUCCCUUUCUCUCUUUCCCAGUUGUUGCCGUUUCACACCGACUUCCAAAAAAAAAAAAACCGCAGUACGUUUUGUUCCCUCCGGGCCGAAUGCUUUGUAAGCAUCCAUGGAAGAGCCUUCGGCUUUAGCCGCAGCAGGCACAACAAAGCUGCGUACGAGAGAGUUCUUUUUUUCCCACUUCGGACGACUAAAGGAGUCACAAAUCGUCUUCUCUUCUGAUUACCCGCAAGUUCGGUGCGAUGGUUUUUUGAUCAAUAUAUACAGAUAUAAAUAUAUAGCCCCUGAGAACUCUUGCGGCACUUGAAGAAAGCUGCGAACAGGCGUCGCAGCGAUAUAUCAGUCCCACGCACAUCUCACUCGACAUAGGCUGUUGUAAUGCACCAAUUUCUAGUUUUUUCUUUCGCUAUUCGCAGCACUGCCUUGAAGGAGAGCGGCAAUUCUCGAGGCCAUCUGAAGUCGGAGGGUAUUAAGCCUAAAUCGAACCACUACGGUUUGCAAUUGGUCCUCCUGUAUGACCAAACUGACAAUUUCUCUUAUCGAAAGAAAAGUUGGGAGCGAUGUUACAUCGGCGUUUCAGAGUGCAGACGAUUUGAUACACUCCAUUUGACGCCGCUGUCUGCUCGGUGCACGAAAGCAGACUGCAAAUGUUGGUUAACUCGCGAAGCAAUGCGUUAUAGGCUUGUGUUUCUUCCUGAUCUUCGUCAACCACCGGUUCUCGUGGUGAUUUACUGGCGAACUUUAGAACGCCAGGAAGCGCUCCACCGAAGCGCUCUUCCACUAUCUCUCAUUAAAUGUCGCUUUAAACCUCCGGCCCAUCGUCUCGAGGUUGUCCCUCUCACGAAAGGUGCGCCAAUGUCACCCGCGAGGCAAACCACGACGGUGGAGGAGGGCGUCUCUUGUGAGACGCGCGCAUAAUUCACGCGUCGUUCGCCUCACCCACCACCCCCCCGGAGCUUGCACCAACGAGGCUUGCAAGACUCAUCUCUGGGUUUGUUUUAAGCCAACUUUUGCUCGACAUCUGCCGCUAUCCCCAACGGGCAUCUCGCAUAUGGGCAUCACGAUAACAUAUACUAAUCCAACAAGGGAAGAAGAAAAAAAAAAGUGACAAAAAAUCGCGCGUUUUCACAUUCCGCGAGGGCUUUCUAUGGUUCUUUGUUCCUCUAUGUUGUCACGAAUUUCCCCUUUCGGCGGUGGAGGGAGAUGCGUAGGAGGAGGCCGACGCGCACAAAGCAGUGAGGCCACAUUCACCGGCUCUGGGAGUCGCUUCUCGCGGCGCCCUCUUUCGCGCACACUAAACCUCGACUGCGUCAGUACUACUCGCAGAAUCGGCGUGACAGGGUUACUCUAUAGGGUUCGGCAAAGAUAUGCUAUCAUUAAGAGGACACUAAAAAGCAGCACUGUAUCACCUUAGACUGAUCAAAUAUUAUUUCGAAAGUAUUGUCGAAAGAAUUUGCUAAUUUUAGGUUUUUCUUUAACUUUUUUAGCGAAACAACAGCACUGGAAAGACUCCGUGACAUCAUAGAUAUCAGGGUAUUUGCUUGCACCUGCUUAAGUAUUUGGUUAUUUUAUAAUGCUAUGUAAGUCCCCCUCUAGCGAUAAGCAGUCACCUAGACCCCAGUAGACCCAGUGAAAAUCUGUGACAUCAAGGUGAACUGUCGCAGGAUCAUUAGUAGGCGCUGCUUUUCGUCUGCAGCUUUCUAAGUGGUUUUGGCUUAGAAAAACCUUGUUUCUUGUUGAGUGACCACUUUUUUUUUUGCUAUAGCGCAAUUUACUAUUCUGCCUUUACUUAAUAUUCAUUCUUGAGUUAUGACCAUCCAACGUGAAUCAUUUGUCCUUUGGCCUCGCAGGGUCGAGUCGAAUGCGUUUAGAGCGUCGUCACCCAUCGCGACCACAGUCAGUCGUUCAUGCAGGGGCUUGUCACUUAUGUAUAAGGACAUUAUCUCAUUUCUUAACUUCGCUUAUGACCAAUGAGUCAUAAUUACUUCGCUUAUUUCUCUUUGAAAAAUUAAUAUUGUCGCCGUAAUAUGUUCUUGCUGAUGUUUAUGCUUUUCUAGAUCACCGGCCUCCGAUAAUGUAGCUCGACCCGCUUUUGUAAGGCGUCAGUGCGCUAGUUGUGGCCAUCUGACGCCCCAGUUACGCGCAGCCAAUCCGCGACAUUGGCGCAAGUAAGCGCGGCUCAGCGUGCUUAUUAAAGACAGACCUGUUGCGGUAAAGUACACGACAGAAGCAGAUCCUUGCGCGUUCGCUUCUAUUUCCUUCUCCUACGCUCUCUCUCCCGGUCGGGCUCUGCUGUGUUUCGUGCUCUCAUGGUUAUCAUUAUCUCGUCUGUUCCUCCCGGAGCGCGCCCCUUUAAGCCGCAGAUGUUUGCCGUUCCUGCGUCGUGUGUCAUUUGCCACGUCCCCCCAAAUGCGCGGUACCAUUGCAGCCUCCUCAAAAAGACUACUGCUAGUGCUACCACCACCACCACCACUACCCGAGUCGGUCGAAGGCUGUGUCAUCCGUUAGUUAGAAAUGUUGUUUCUUGAAAGGUUGUGGUCCAAUUUUUUCUCUUACGCUGCAGCGUACGGCAUCUGUCCGGUAGGAAGUUGGUACGCGGAGGGGUCGUAGAUUUACUUUUUUUUUCCUUUUCACAAUGUUCGCUGUUUUUUCUCGGGGAGGAAAGGUGCGCCCGUGGCGGGAGUUCGAAUGACAGGAGGCACCGUAAACAUUUCUUGAUACACAUACAUAUAUGUAAGCGCGUUAAAAAAAUUUUUUUUUUUCACUCAUCUGCGUACGUCUGGCUGCAAGCUAUAAAUAAUGCGAGUAGGCGAGAACACGGCCUUAUUUAAAGUUUACGAGAAGACUCUCGUCUUUUUCCUUGCGGGCUUUCGAUUUGUUUUGUCUCGUCCGUUUUUUUAUUUCUUUCUUUGCCAUCUCGUUACUUCUUUGGGGAACUGUACGAAGCAGACACUCCCUCUUAUUUGUACAACACUGGCAGCGUGUUCUCUGCCUGUUUAAGCUUCGUACCGGGCUUCCUCCGGCCAGUCGCCGUGCGCCGACCAAUAUAUCAUUCCAGGCGUGCCGGGUGGACAUAGCUGUUCUGCCCAAGGUUGAAGGCUGCCUCGCGUACUGUGCAUUGCAGGCCGCUACGAGUCGUUCCUCUGCAAGUGUGGGGAAACGUGGAAAUACUGGUGCCAAUCAUUCCAAACUUGUGUCACUCUCUCCCCGUUUCUCCUUUGUCUUGAGAAAUCACGUCUUUCAGGUGUCGCCGCACAGAGAGCAGACGCUGCUGAAUAAACGAGUCACGGGUUGAAACCUAUAGUCACCCCACUGCGAUCCAAGGCUGAAAGACAUCUCAUCGCGAAAGUUACGAAAACGAUUGUCCAGGGGCGUCGGCCCUGCAAUGUGUGUGCAUUGUUUUGGCAAAAUGGGGGUAAUAUGCGUUAACGCACUGCCGCAGCUUUCUCAGUUCGAUGUGUCAAAGAACAUGGCCGUUUCGUUUGUAUGUUGCCACUACUGCUGUUGGUUGUGGUGUAUUUGAGCAGUAAAUCAGUCGCGUUAGAUGUGUCACUCGCAAAGGUUGCUGAGUACGCUGAUAGUCACUGGUACAUGUUGAACGUCGCCUCCAUUCAGGUACACGAUGAACCAGACUUUGAGAACGCUCAACAUGCAAUCGGCACAUCUUUAAAAAUGACCGUGAUGUGACCAUUUUAUUCGCUAUAUUGAGUAGUAAAGGGGAAAAAAACUUUUACAUGACAGAGUGGUUGUUCGCCGUAGAAGACUGCGACAGAAGAGCUUUUGAAACACGUCAAAACUGCACACGUAUCACUAUUACCUUGUACCUCUUGUUCACUUAAUGCUACGGUUAAAACAGCGGCUGUAGAAGAGUUUUCAGGUUAAUUCCCGGCUGGUGUAAUAGUAUGUGAAGCCGAUCUCUAUACUUUGGACGUGCUUCCCAUAAGAUCACUUCACCUUUUGCCGAGAGUGGCAGAAGAAGAAAGGAAAUGUUAACGAAGAAAAAAAAGUGUAUAUAUUGCUGCUAUAACUGUAAAUAGAUGUUUCAAAUGACGUAGUGCUCAAAUGCGGGCGUCACAAAUCGCACGUGAGCUCUUUUAUGGUGUUGAUAUUAUUAAAAGAACACGCGACUACGGCGCUACGGCCUCAUUUGCCGACAUAGUGUUAUCGACGCCAUCGAUGUUACGUGACAGUAUGGGUACCGUUUCUUUUUUAUUUUUUUGCUCCUUUCUUGUAUAAUUAGCUCGUGGUUUUACUAUCGGCGCUAAAUUUAAUUAUGGUCCUCAAGCUUGAAGGAGGCGAUGUUCUUGUUUAUCUGAUUUUUUAAAAGUCUGUUACGAACACAAGAGUGCGUACCAUGCGUCAAAAUUAAGCAGCCGCGGCGCACACCUGUGUCGUGGCAGCAAGCUUUAAUCAGAAGCUGCCAGUGAUUAACAGCGUAUAGUUUUUCUCUGUAUUUUCCGUGUUACUUUCGACAUUCGAGCAAUUUGUAAUCUCGGAAAGCUGCUUCCUGAACUGCGAGCCUCAACAAACAACAGCUACGAAAAAAAAGUGAUCCGUUUUGAGCAAGAGAUUGCAUGCUCACGAUUGAGAACCUGAAAAUGAGCAUGCCGACACCUGACGGCAAAAAUGGGCCAUGUCCAGUUCGGCACGCCCGAAGUCUGUGUUUCUCGUGUGAUUCUGGUGAUUACGGUUACAGUGAAGUUUAAGAACACAAUCAUUGUUUACGGACUUUCACACAGCCACUGUUGCAUAUUAUAUUGCCAGUUUAUCCUUGCCCCCACCUCACAGACCAAACGGCGUUCACACAAUACUUGACGCUAUUUUGAACCUAUUUUGAUGUUGGUUGCUGUAUUCAUGGUAUGUGUUUAUGUGGGUGUGGUUAUCCCCCUCCCAAUGAGAACAUGUGACAGAUUUGAUGAAAUGACGGCGGGAAAAAAAAAGAGGACCGGAGAUAUUUGUAUAUAUACAGCCUAUUUACACCUAUACAUAAUGUAGGCAGUUAUACACUCUAAACUCUAUAACAAUAAGAAAAUAAAAUUCAUUGCUUAAAAAAAACUGACACUUUUAAAAGCUGCAUUGUAUAAAUGCGCAAAAGAGGUAAAACGAAACUCUAUUCGGAGCACUUCUGAUUCCUCCCACGCUGUUCAUACCUAAGGCGCACAUCUAGCCAUUGCUGACAGUUUUGUAAAAACAAUUCUUGGAAACGAAAUAAAUGUUACAUGUUUCUCUGGG